GUGGCGAAGGCACGCCUCAACAUAAUGCGGGAAUAAAUGACAUCGAUUAUUGCUCUGUUAAAUCGAGAAUUAAAUCACGAACGUUCAGACAUAUUUAAAUAUUAAUUCGUUUGUUUGUUGUUUUUUUUAAUAAAAAAAAGUGUUACGGUUGCGUUCGGUUUAUGCCCAUCCGUUGGAAUUUCGAAUUGGUCAAGGUCUGUUUCGUGUUUUGGGUUGUUGGUGCAGAAUUGUGAAUAAUACGACUAGACUGAGUGCAUAACGGGUAUUCUAAAAUGGUUGUACGAGUGGCAACGGACGAGAGACCGCUAGAGACGCCAUCGUCCGAUGAGAGCGGUCUAGGCCGAAGUGAUUCACCUAGCGAUGACGCUGAACCCGAAGCAGCACUAGUGGUACCUCCGGAUGGUGGUUGGGGAUGGGCCGUGGUUGCUGCUUCAUUCAUGUGCAACGUGUUAGUAGAUGGCAUCAUUUUCUCUGGUGGAAUGCUCCAAAACUCGAUACAAGAAGAAUUUCACAUCAGCGAAUCACAGGUGGCGCUCGUGAACUCCUUAUUGGCAGGAUUCUAUCUGCUAGCAGGGCCCUUCGUAUCGGCUUUAGCUAACAAGUAUGGAUUCCGCGUGGUGACAAUUGUGGGCAGUUUGAUAUCGAGUUCUGCGUUUGCACUAGUAUAUUAUGCAAAUAGCAUAGAAUACUUGUACUUCGUCUAUGGAAUCGUUGGAGGAAUUGGCUUAUGCAUGAUUUACAUGCCCGCCGUUUUGACUGUUGGAUUUUACUUCGAGAAAUGGAGAGCAUUGGCCACAGGACUGGCGCUGUGUGGCUCUGGAGUGGGAACUUUUAUUAUGGCACCUCUCACAGCAUCUCUUAAUAGUAGUCUCGGUUGGAAGAUGACGAUAGUUAUCCAUGCAGGUCUGUUGCUGUUCUGCAUAAUCUUCGGCGCCAUAUUCAGACCAAUCAAGCCACUACGUGUCACCCUUGCUGAUCAACAAGACGAAGAAGAUGUUGCACGCCGUCAUGAAGAAGCUGUUGAAAAACUGAAUUCUAUGCUCAAACUCCAUGGCAAACUUGAUUCUGGAAUUUCAAUGCCACCUGAAAUGAGAUUCACUAAUAAAAUAAAUCCUCAUACAUGGAUGGGUGUGGCAAAUAAUACUCGUUAUCCAACUGCAGAAGAAAUAUUCCGUGGCAGCAAUUCACACCUAAGCCAUUCCAGGCGAUCGUCAGCAAAUGCAAGCGCUAUUAAAAACAACAUUGCAAAUAAACCGAUGUUCAUAGACGUGUCAGUUGCUGAGAAAGACGAACAAGAAGAUUCUAAUAGUAAUAUCGAUAACACAGCACCCCUCAUUGGCUCAACUAUUAAAGUUAAACCCCUACCAGUACCAAAUCCCCGCCGUUCUCACGCCGACUUAGUAGCUAGACCUUUAUACCGUGAUGACAUUUUCUUCGGCGCUAGUCUAACAAGACUACCUCAAUAUACAUCACGGACAUCUCUUGGAUAUCAUUUAGCUGUAACUCAUGUUCCAACGAAAGAGGAUACGCGAGAGGAAACUUCAAGCAAAUGCAAAGUCUGCCCUGAAGCUAUUAAACGCGCUUUAGCGACGAUGUUGGAUGUUAGUCUGUUCCGUUCGCCUACAUUUGUGAUACUCGCUUUAAGCGGAUUCUUCACUAUGUUGGGAUUCUUUGUACCUUAUGUCUAUGCAAAAAAGAGAGCGCAGGACAAUAACGCAAGUGAGUUGGCUUGUACCUGGUUGGUGUCUACGAUUGGCGUGGCAAAUAUCGUUGGCCGUGUGUUAUGCGGUCUAGUAUCCUCGAUGCCAAAAGUGUCUCCACUUUGGCUCAAUAAUAUUGCUCUUUCCGCUGGCGGAAUAGCGACUAUAAUAAGCGGACUUUGCUAUCACGACGUCUAUCAAUUUGGUUACUGCAUCGUUUUUGGACUUGCCGUCGCUUGCUUCGCAUCCCUCCGUUCAAUACUGGUCGUAGAAUACAUUGGACUUGAACAAUUAACGAACUGCUUUGGCCUGUUUCUUCUUUUCCAAGGUUUCGGAGCUCUUUUAGGCGCACCUAUUGCCGGUUUUAUAAUGGACCAAACGGACAAGAAUUACCACGUCACAUUUGCUGUGUCUGGCGCUUUCCUGCUCUUCUCUGCUGUGAUGUGCUACCCAAUCGACAGGAUCAGUAGGUGGGAGAAGACAAGAAACAAACUCGGUGCAUCGCACAAGGUCUGAUUGUUCACGACAGAACAUAGGAUCGUAGUAAAACAGUGUCUACUGUUUUCUUGUUUAAGAACAGGUGCCAAAAUAAUCCCAAUCAAAUAGGUGUAAUCAAUCCAUAAGUAGUACUAGGGACAGUACUAGGUCACUGGCUGGGAUUCGAAGUCAUAUUGAUUGUAUGUCUACAUUAAGAAUUGAGAAUAAUGUAACAGUAACUAUAUAUACUGUUUAAACUUUGAAUGCCAGCCAUUGAAUUCCACGGUAGUUAGAUAAACAUAAUAAGUACCUUUUUUGUAAUUGUUUACCCGUAUUGUGUGGUAUUAAAUAUAUUCGAAUAACAUGUUAAUCUAUAAGAUCUGAUUAUUAGGUAGAAAGAGUGGCCUGAUGCCAAAAGUGGAUGAAUUUUUAUUGCUAUAUCUGCUGGCGGAAUUGCAACUAUAUUUAUCUGACUAGCUAAAUACUGCAUCGUUUUUAAACUUUCAGUUGAAUACACUUUGUAUAAGUGGUAUAUAUAGUAUUUAUAUCGGAAUAGCUUAAAUUUCAUACAAGUGGCCAUGUCGUAAAUUACGGUAUAUAUUGACUAAAGUUACCACUUUCAACAACCAAUGGAAUCAAGAGCAAGCUGAUUAGAUUGCUCUCUAUUUCUAGUACUUAGUGUACAAAAUCAUAUUAAUUAAAAUAAGAUCUGAUUAGCUAAAAUGAGCUGUAACACCCUGUAAGCUAAUAAACUAUUCUAAAUUCCGAAAUAGCGAAACAUUCCCAUCAGUUUAUCUUUGGCAAAACUGCAGAUGGUAGUUUGCUUCGUGGCUCAGUUAAGUCGUUAGAAUUGCAUUUAAAAUAGGUUUAGUCGUUAAAAGUACAAAGACUCGAAAAUAAAUUAUAUUAGUGUUGCAGUUUUGUCGAAGUUAGGACCCGACAUGUAAGAUGAUCUGAAACCAAAAUGUACUUUAAUUUAGAUUUUUAUUUUACUGAGUUUAAGAUGCCUAACUUUCAAAGCAUUGCAUAAUGAGUCUGACCAAUAUAACCAUAACAGAAAAGACAUUCUUUUCCAUAUUUUUCAUUUUACGUUUAUUGUCAAUUUUAUUUAGGUAUCUACAAUUUAUAAUCCAUAUACUAUUAUUUAUUGGAUAUUUCAAUAUAUUAUACAUAUGUACAUAGGUAUAUAGAUAUGUAAUGGAAAUCAAGGGUCAGACUUAUUUAAGACUUAAUAUAUUUAAUUAUUUAGUACAUAAUGUAGGAUAGUAAGGUAAUGCAUUGGUAUGCAAGAAUACGUUUGUAAAAUUGUUUGUGCCUUAAUGUAUAAAGUGAUACUUAUAUAAAAUUAUAUAUUACUUAUAUAAUUUAAAAUUGUUAAUAUUGUAAUUUUAUAAACAUUAAAUAACGUAAUCCAUAAGCAAUCCUAAGUCUCCAAUGACUUAGUAGUUAUAAUUGCCGCUGUGUGAGUUAGAUACAUACAAUUAGAAAUAAGUGUAAAAUGUGGCUGUGGUCUUUUAGGCUAAAAACAUUUGUAAUAAGAAAUCAUAGUCAUUGAUUUUUAUAAUAAAUAUUCCAUUAAGUAUUUCUAUAUCAACGUCACAAAUACAAUAAAUUUGUAG